AAUAAAAAUAAGCGUCACAAAAAAGAUUAGACAAGAACCGCGAAAAUGAAAGAACAUUCCAAUUUCGAGGAACGUAACAAAAACUAAAACCACCGGAUCUUUGGAGAAAGGAAAUUCACUCGCGUCCCAGAUGUCAGCGUCACCCUCAACCCUCGAUUCCCAUCGAAUUCGCGGUCGAUAGGGGAACCGGGGGAGUCUCUUUGGCGGUCGAAAGUCCGCGUUCCAUGCAUACAAGCGUAGCUGGUCGAAGCGUGGUCUCCGGCUUUCUUUGCCAAGCUAUACCCCCGACGGAGUCUGUCGGGAGUAGUGGCAGCGUAGUACGCGCACGACGAACGAAAAGGGUCCCCGGGCAGGUAGAGAAAACACCUCGACGAGCGAAGGGGCCCCGAGGGUGUCGGGAAUCGGUGGGCGUGGCCGAAUUACGGCACCGCCCACACGGACACCAUAAUGGCCUCCGCGCGGCCAAUCGGGCGGCUAGACGUCACAGCCGCGGAGUGGGGGAAUGGUGGAACGGCCAAUCGGUGGGCGCGCUAACGGCCGGUGUGGGCGUGGCCUUGAGUGGCGCCACCGCGGCGACUUUCGGAAACCGUGCACCGGGCUCCGGGGAGAGGCUCGGGCUUCAUUAUGUAUCAUUAUACCGGUCCGCGCCGCGCGGUGUGCACUGCAGUUACUGGGCCAGGCGCGCGUGUGUGCUUUUCUCUCUUCUUCGUCGCCGUCGUCGCCUUCUUCUUCUUCUUCUUACUUCUGUACCCUGGCCGGCAUAUCGUCGUUACCGUUUUCGCACGUCGACAACCACGUCGGCCGAGCCACGAUGCUCAUCGGCGUCCAAUAAUCACAGCAUACGCGCGUGUGGAAAAAGCACUUGCUGGCUGCCGCUGAACGAGAGCGAGCGUGCGCGCGCGCGCACGCCUCUGUGUCAUCGGCGACGUACAAUUAAAUCACGCAGUUCGCGCGAGUGUACUGUCACGAUAGGACCGCACGGUAUUCGGAUCAACGGAUUGCCGGUCCCCCGUCGGACGAGUUGGACCGCAAGAUCGCCGAUCUUGGGAUUUCCGAUUUCGGCCAAAGUGUCCCCCCCCCUCCUCCCCAAUUAAGCCGGGACCUCGACCCGGUGUGGUGCACGAUCGAGGCGUGAUUAACAGUGACCGGUAAUUGGAAUCGCGAUCGGGAGGAUAGAGAGCGCGAUACCCGCGCUCCGUCGCGCAGUGAAAAGAAUCGCACAUCAAUGGCCGGUUUACGCGGUCGUGGAGAACGUUACCGCGAAUCGAUGACGAGCUGACGCGUGACGGGCUCGCGCAGUGACGCACGAAACUUCCUGUGCAUGACUUUGGUGUACAUCCUUUGUCACCGUCACAAACAACAACAGUUGGAUUCAGUUCCGUAAACUGCUACGCGGGUGAAGUGCUUUUUAGUGAUUUAACUGUAAUCGAUCUAACUCAAACUCUACCAAAAAAAAUUCUCAAAUAAGUGUGUAUAUACCUGUGAACACGUGAGAGAAACAAUAUAUAUAUUAUAUACAUAUAUAUAUACAUACAUGUAAUCAAACCCAGUGACAAUUACAGUGACAGUUACAGCGACCGAUCUGAUCAGUUGUUCGAGUCGACGAAACAACCAUCCGUCUCUCUUAUCGCCACCGGUGGAAUCAGCCAAACCGUCCACGUGAAAAAGGAAGAGAUAAAUCACGCGAAAAAGAUCGGAGAUGUCGCCUCUUCUCCUCCUCACCUACGAUCCAACAACGUAUCCGUGAUCCGGGCAACAAUAGUGAGGAGUCGCGAAUCGUGAAACAGAGGCCCCCAAGAUUCGGGCCCCGUACGGUGUUCGCGCGACGGCGGCGGCGACGACGUCGUCGGCGAGUUUGUCCGCGAGAACCGUAGGCUGUGGCGGCGGCAUCGACGUCGCGACUAAGGUGGAGCGUCCGGGCAGCACGACGACGCUCAACUUCACGGACCUGGGGAGCCCAUUCGGGGCGGGCGACCCCUGUCCGUCUAGUACCCCGACCCCGAACAGCAUGUCGGGUGGCGGUGGACCGUCAGGCGGAGGCGGUGGCGGCGGUGGCGGUGGUGCGGGUGCAGGAGGCGGUGGUUCCGACAUGGAACAGCAUCUUCAUCACACGGGGCUGGGUUCGGUGACACCUGGACCGCCUGGGAACGGCGGCGACAGCACCACCUCGAGCACGCCCGUCUCGCAGAGCGGAAAAUCGGCGUUCAUCGAGCUUCAACACAAUAAUCUGUACAACCCUGCCAGCCUGCGUGGCGGUUACCCAGGUGGGCACAACGUGCCCGGCGCCCAUCAGUUCUCCCAUCAAGUCGGGGCGCUAAGUCACCAAACGUCGGGACCAGGCAGCGGGAACCAGCAACACGCGGAUGCAGGAUUUCCCAGUCCUAGGUCGUUGGCCGGAUAUCCGUUCGCGCCCAUGCACCAGCACAACGCCUACGGAUAUCACCUGGGAUCGUACGCGCCCCAGUGCCCCUCGCCGCCCAAGGACGGUGAGUACCCUAACUGGUGGUGCAUGUUCGCAGACCUCUCGCCAUUGGGUGACAAGGGUGGCAGCCUGGUCGACGAGCUUGGAGGUGGUGGCGGCGGUUCCUUGAGGAACGGUAAAGGGAAGAAGAUGAGGAAACCACGGACGAUUUACAGCAGCCUUCAGUUGCAACAGCUCAACAGGCGGUUCCAGAGAACGCAAUACCUCGCGUUACCGGAAAGAGCGGAGCUUGCGGCGAGUCUUGGAUUAACGCAAACGCAGGUGAAAAUCUGGUUCCAGAAUAGAAGGAGUAAAUACAAGAAGAUGAUGAAGGCGGCGCAGCAGGGCGGCGGUGGUGGCGGGGGGCAGCACGGUAGCCUUCUGGCCGGUGGAACCGCGCUACCGGGGGGGCCAUCCCCUCAACCGGGUCAACCAGGAAGUCUCAUGCAAGGAGGAGGCGGAAGUUCGGUGUCGGGCAGUCCGACGACAGGCUACCUCGGCGGAAUGGGAGGCGGCGCGGGGGGUCACACCCCCGGCAGUUCGAGCCCCGGAAGCGAGAUGUCGCCUCAGCACAACGAGAGCCCGCCCGCACCCUCUUGGCCGGGCGAGAUGAAGCACCACCCGCAUCCGCACGCGCCACCGCACACCCACCACCACCCCCACACGCCUGGCCACCAUCCACCCCCGCCGCCGCCGCCGCCGCACCACGCGGGCUACAUGCCACAGUACUCGUGGUACCAAGCGGAUCCUAAUCCCGGACUACUCACGGUGUGGCCGGCGGUUUAACGAAGAUGUCCUUGGAGCUGUGUUCAGGAGGAACUGUUUCUUCGUAGCGCCGCGGACGUGGCAGCGCCCCUGCCCCAAAGUGCGAAUACGUAUACCACCUGUCGGGAUGGAAUUCACGUUCGAUGUUAAUAAAAUGAGAAAAGAAAUGGUUUCCAUUCCUUGUAACGACAGCCGCGUGUUCAUAUCGGCCGGUUUUUGCGGCCCCUCGCGUAUUAUCGGGCCCCGUCCGUCGGUUUACGAGUAAAAUCAAAUUCCUCGCGUUCGUUGUUCCCGAUAUCGAUCGCGUUGAGUCGACAAACUCGAAUUCGCGACGUUGGAAAAAUAUAUAGAUAUAUAUAUAUUGGUCGAGGAAUCACGGACAAUGUUGCAUCGCGAGUGGCGCGAUUCGACGAGUAUCGUGGAUGGAACGAUCUCGUUUCAGCUGUAAGAAUCGUGAAAGAUGGCGCGCGCAAUGGUCACGCGAGGGUGGAGACACGCGUGGAAUCCCCUCGAUCGGAAACCGAUCUCUCUCGCGAUGUUCGAGAAAUGGCGCGCGAAACCGGAAAAUAGAGAUUCGGGUGGCGAUCGAUCGAUCGGUCUAACGUAAUUACGGAUCGAUGGGAUUCGAACGAUCGUGGAACAAUCGCGCGGGGACAAUCUCGGGGACAGCUUCGUUAAAUGUCAAGAUAUCCCCGCGAAAAUGGCGAGGAUGCUCACUCGUCUCCAGAUCUCUUUGCCGCGUUCCGAAGAAAUACGAUGGAGCGUACGACGAAUUUCCCCCCGUAUUUCCAUCUAAAUGUAAAUGUCAAUCUGGCGGUCGAUGACGUUAGAUCGGUCGAUCCCUCGCGACAGUUGGCCAACCGAGGCGACUGACCCACUUCGUGAUCUGGAAGCUGGAUCUCGUCGGGCGAAACGAAACGGCGAGAAGGGGGAGAGGCGGGCGGGAGAAAAGAGGACGGAGCCGAGAGGGACGAACAGAGGUGGACGGGAGAGGAGGAGGCGACGAAAGAGAGAGAGAGAGAGGAAGGGAAUCGAGGAGGGAGAGAAAGAACAAGUUGCACAAAGUCUCUCUCUCUCGAGUCGCCGAGAAACGGUCGUUCCUCAAGGCGGUUGGAAGUAAUGAAAUCCUAAUGACAUUUUCGUGAGUCAAACGAUCUCGGCAAUCACGGUGGCGCGGUGUAAUCACCGGUCCCCUCCUUUCCGGAUGAAGCAACCUAACCAACCGAGGGGACCCUCCUCCGAAAAGGAGCGGAGGACACGAAGAGAUACGCGCGAUUUACCACGAAACCCGGGGCCGUGCACGGCCAGGAUGGAAAAAAUCAUUAUCCCGCUCGACGUCGCGGCGGACAGUUCUGACAAGUUCUGCGCCGGUUCAUUAAAUUCGUGAAAAAGGAACGAGAAAAGAGAGAGAGAGAGAGAAAGGAAAAUAAAAGAAACGAAGAAGAAAAACGAAAAAGAUUGGUGAAAAAGAGUUCCUCGAAAAUGGGCAUGGAUGAAACGUCGAAACAUCUGUCGUUCGCGACGAUCUCGCGAAAUCUUUCUCGUUCCCAACGCAAAAAUCGUCGGGAAAAAUUUCUCUUUCUUUCGAUAUCGUUUCAACCCUCUGUUCGUAAUUUUCGUAAUUCGAAUCUGAAUAAUUUUCGAUCGAAAGGGAUCGAGGAGGAGAACGAAUUUUCAGGGUUUUACGCUGUUUUUUUACGCCGUUCCCCAUGUCGGCCAUGCCGGCUCACCCUUUGCCAUCUUGCCAUCGCGACAACGACGAUACCGAUGUGGCCUAGCUUUCAAAGAGACGCCACGAAACCGCAGGAAAAAAAAAAAAGAAAAAGGAAAAAAAAAAGAAAAAGAAACGAUGGUUGCGGUUUGCAGGGGAAACUGGGAGGGCCGGUGUGCCCCACCGCCUGACCCAAAUCCUCAUGUCGGUGCAACAAUGGUCGUCUCAUGAGAACGCGGUCUUGCACGCUCCCUUUACUUCCUGAUUCUGCCUUCUUUUUUCGCCUCCUCCGGAGAGAUGCCACCGCCUCGACGAUUCGCACCUCGAGGAUUCGUGAAACUUCGUCGAAAGCUGCGUCGAAAGAACCUCGACUUUUUUUUUUUUUUCUCUCUCUUUUCCGAUUCGAUCACCGUUUCGUUUGUAACGUGGUGUCGGUGUGUCGGCCGGAUUCGUGUAAUACUCGUAUAAUAAUUGCAAUAAUAAUUUAAAAUGAUAAUUGUAAAAUCAUUUUAGAUAAUUCCGGAUAAUUUAUAAUAAGAUAUCGCGAAUGAAAUUAGAUUUGUUAUCCUUAAAAGCAAUUAAUCUGAUUAACUUCAUCGUAUAUUGUAUACGAUAUACUUUAUGCGGUUUUUUUUCUUCUUUUUUUUUCUUUUUUUUAUUUUAUUAAGAUUUUAUUCACUCGAGUGAUAUGAAUUUCAUAAGAAGUUGAUGAUUAAUCCCAUGUUUCUUAUCUCAUUCAUUACGAAACAAUUUUGAUCCGUGUAUUAUAUAUAUUUUUAUCCAACAUUCCAUUCCGAAUAUUUUAUUCAUUUAUAAAAUAAAUGAAAAUUAAAAACACGUAACAUAAUUUAAUUUCAGAAGAACACGAUUCAAUCACGUGUUACGAAUCGUUAUUUAUAUCUCUCAAAAUUUAAAUAAUUUGUUUCGAGAUUUUUUAAGAACGCGAAAAUUAAUCAAUAAAUGAAUGAAUUAUAAAACGAAAGGAUUAAUCGAGUGAAACAGAUGAACAAAAAAAAAAAAAAAAAAAAAAGGUUCUUUCGACCGAAUUACGUUUCGUGAUUCCCCGGCAAUUCCCCGUUAGAAUAUUUCCUCGAGCGCGCUCGAGCUUUCCCAUCGUGAAACUCUCGACAUGGGAACAGAGUACAAAGCCAGUUUCACGCCGCUGGACAUCUGGAGCCAUCGCGUGCCACCUCGAAAUCCGCGAGAAGAAAGAAGAACGAGGCCUGGAGCCUCGUCGUAUCGGCGACGGAUCAAACGAUGAAAAAGGAUCCACGCGUUUUUCCCUCCACUUUUCCAAAAUUUUCCCAUCCGUUCUCCCGCACCUCUCGACGCACCUUGGCGACGAUCCAUCGACGACGGUCACGGUGCACGCCUCGAUUCAGCUUGAUUAUCUUAGACGAGAGUGAUCCCCUUCCUCCGCCACGCCAAAUAAUAAGUGCCGUUAGAUCCGACCGCAACCUGAAAACGGAGGACGAAGGAGAAAAGACGAAGAAACACGGAGGGGAACGGUUCUCUCGCGUUUCAGAUUCGGUGCAAUAAUGAGAAGGAGGCGUGCGUAAAUAAAUUGACACACUCGAAUGUGUUUUUCCCCUCGAAGUUCCUAAAAGUUGCGUGUUCGAAGAGGCGAGCGCGAGCGCGAGUAAGAGAAGAGAAAAAACAGCGUAAAACGAAUUCGAUUCGCGCGACGAACUGUUUGACGAAAGUGUUUGUCUUCGAGGUGUUUAACGCGCGCGCGGAGGAUACCGUUAUUCGAAUUUUUUCUUUUUUUUUCUUUUUUUUCUCUCUUAUCCUGCUCUCCUCUGUCGACUCCUCGAGAGCAAAAAUUAAGAGGAAAAAGGGGGGUGCGCGAGGGGAGGGGAAAAAGAAGCGCGUCCCUCCCCUUCCCUCCCUCCUCUCCUCCGUGAUUGUGUUCGCCGUUGCGAGAAGAAACGCGUAACGCGUUGCAGUUUCAGCUUUGUCACGCUUUCGUCGAGUUCGCGGGAUAAUAGAAUAGAACCGGCCGGAGGACGACGAGCGAAACGGACUUCGAACGAUGGAGAUGCGAACGAGUUGGCGUUGGCGUUGGGAUGAGUGUUGCGAGGAGAUAAUAUAAUGGAGCAUCGAAGUGCGUGAAUGAAUGAGAGAGAGAGGGAGAGAGAGAGGGAGAUGCAAGGGGAUAAAAAAAGGAGGAAGGAAAGGAGUCCGUAGAAUUUACUAGCGUUACUAGUCCCGGUGCAAGCUGAAACGGGGGUCGGAUGUGAGCGGCGUGAACAGAUUUAUAAAAAAAUGUUCGAUCCCCCUUUUCCCUCGUGUGCGUGUAAAUAUUGCACCGGGGCCCAACCCCCUCUUAGCACGUAAGACGUAAAUACAAAAAUCGAAGGAGGAGGAGGAGGAGGAGAAGAAGAAGAAAAGAAGAAGAAGAAGAAUCUGUGUAAAAUACGAUAUUGUGAUAAGAAUUGUGUAAAGAAAAUGGGAUUAAAGAAAAGAAAGAAAGAAAGAAAGAAAGAUAGAGAGAGAGAAAGGGAGAAAGAGUGGAAACCAGAGAAUCGUCUAUAUACAUAUAGGUUAAAUAACAACACGGCAGACCCCCGCAGUUUAUCAAUUUUAUUGAAGUACCCUUGUACGAAUAUAGAUAUUACGAGGACUAAAAUACCUUAAUUAUGAUUACUAUUGUAUAAAAUAUGAAUAAUAACUAAUUAAUUCAAUUUAAAA